AUGUCGACCAACGCAGAAACCCCGUCGGCUAUCCCAGUAAUCCUCCUAGGCGAGUUCGAGGCAACAGCCAAAACCUUUGGCGAGGCCUUACUGCCUGAUUUCGAGGUCGUAUACCUCUCCACAAUCCCCGACCUAGCCAUCAAAGCCCUCCCCAGCGUCCUCCGCGGCCAAGCCCCCGUAUACCUACAACCCGAAGACAAGCACAAGCUCGAGGCCGCCAGCAGCGCCCCCAAAGCAAUCAUCAUCGCUGGCCCGGCCUUCAACGACGCCUUCGUGAGCAACGCGCAGCAGGCCCUCGCCGCCGACGACUUGCACGUGCCUUUCUUCAAGCGCGCGUACGACGUCGUAGUCGUCGAUGGUGGCGCGGAUGCGGACGCGGUUACUAAGACUGCGGAUGUCGAGGAGUUGGCUGCGCGCGCGGUUAAGGUGUUGAAGAAGGCGGUUGAGGAGGGCAAGUUCGAGGGCGAGGAUGAUGGUGUUUAUGUUUAUUAG